AUGUCCUCGUCUCAAUCUCUCAUCCUCCUCCUCACCUCCCCUCUCCCCCCGCCUCCUCGUGUCGUCGCCGCCAUCCCACCAUCCUCGCGCCCCACCACCGCUAGCCGCUUCCGCCACCUCCCGCGCCUCACCGCCAAUCUCUGCCUUCCGCCACUCGCGACCUCCGCUUCCGGCGGAUUCGGAGAUGGCAAUUUCCCCGGUGGGGAUGGGGGUGGCGGAGGAGGAGGAGGAGGGGGUUGGUGGCAAGGCGGGAGAGGAGACCCCCCCGACAAGCCCGGAGACGGGUGGCGACGGUGGCUUCAGUCCCUCCACCCCGAGCUCUUCCUCCUGUUCUUGCUCCUCCAGUCGGACGCCUUCGCUUCCAUCCCAUCCGCCCUCGCCGAUGCCCUGGGAGCAACCGGCGGCGACGGCGGUAGCGUUUGGGAGGUGAGGGGCAGUGCGCGUACGCUGCUCGUACCCAACCCGACCGGAACCUCAUACCUCGUUGCGGGAGACGAUAAGCGGAAGCAAGAAGAGGGUAUGGAAAAGACGGGGGCUGGCCCUGCUAAUUUGGCCGCACUGCGGAGGCAACUCGAACGGUCAUGGCGGCGGUGCACUGAUGUUGCUCUUCAGUUGCUGCUGCCUGAUGGAUACCCGCACAGCGUGAGCAGCGACUAUCUGCACUACUCGCUGUGGCGGGGCGUGCAAGGUGUUGCUAGCCAGAUCAGCGGCGUGCUCUCUACGCAGGCGUUGCUGUACGCAGUUGGUUUGGGUAAAGGAGCGAUCCCGACGGCCGCCGCAGUGAAUUGGGUGCUGAAAGAUGGGCUUGGUUACUUGAGCAAGAUACUCUUGUCGAAAUUUGGGCGACAUUUUGAUGUGAACCCGAAGGGAUGGCGGCUGUUUGCAGAUCUUCUGGAGAACACAGCUUAUGGGCUGGAGAUUUUGACUCCGGUAUUUCCUCACCUGUUUGUUCCCAUUGGUGCAGCCGCUGGAGCUGGCCGAUCGGCAGCUGCUCUAAUACAGGCUGCCACAAGAAGUUGUUUCUUUGCUGGCUUUGCUGUCCAGAGAAACUUUGCUGAGGUCAUUGCAAAGGGUGAAGCGCAGGGAAUGGUUAGCAAGUUUGUUGGCAUAAUGCUUGGCAUAGCGUUAGCUAACCAAAUUGGCUCAUCAGUACCACUGGCUCUUAUUUCAUUUGCUGGUGUUACUGUAGUUCACAUGUAUUGCAACCUUAAGUCUUAUCAAUCAAUUCAGCUGAGGACGCUGAAUCCUUACCGUGCAAGUUUGGUAUUUAGUGAAUAUUUAUUAAGUGGACAAGUUCCUUCAGUCAAAGAGGUUAACGACAAGGAGCCACUUUUUCCGAAUUUAUCCAUGGGUGCUCAAGUUAAACAAAGUGAGAUUUUGUCAGCAGAAGCAAAAGAUGCUGCAGAUACAAUCUAUCGACGGUUACAAUUGGGUUCUAAGCUUAGUGAAAUAAUUGAGAACAAGGAAGAUGCAUAUGCACUGUUUGAUUUGUACAAAAAUGAGCAAUACCUUCUUACGGAUUACAAGGGGAAAAUUUGUGUUGUUCUUAAAGAGGGAUCUUCCCCAGAAGACAUGCUGAAAUCUCUAUUCCAUGUUAACUAUCUGUACUGGUUAGAGAAAUAUAUGGGUUUCAAACCAUUCAAUGUUGCCUCCGAGUGUAGACCAGGUGGAAGGCUUGAAGCAUCACUGGAUUAUGUUCAGAGGGAGUUUACACAUGUCAAGCAUGAUGGUUCAAAUGGUGGCUGGGUGAUGGAUGGUCUGAUUGCUAGACCCUUGCCUGUAAGAAUACGUGUUGGCGAUGUUCCUUGA